GCCAGUUGCAGAUUCACCAUCUCCACAGAAAGUGACGUCAUGCUGCCAGUGGUGCCUCUGGUACUGACAAAGCAGGCGUCUUCGUUCAGGGAGCGCAUUCAACACGCUCACAGCAGCGUGGAUCUGUGGGCCAUGGGCAUCACGAUCGUCAUUGGCGGGCAGUUCUUCUCGUGGAAUGCUGGGUUGACAUGCGGCACCGUCAGCUUUGGCCUGUCCGUGCUCGUCAUGGGCGCCGCCUACGUGUGUUUGGCGUGUUCUUUGUCUGAAAUCUCGAGCAUGCUGCCAUUUGCAGGUGGGGCGUAUGGCCUGUCACGGUGCACACUCGGGUUCUUUCCGGGCUUUAUCCUUGGCAGCUGCGAAGUCCUCGAGUACAUUCUGUACGUGUCCAGCGUGAACGUCAUGCUUGGAAAGACCGUGGCCGCGAAAUGGCCAGUGCUCGAGCCGUACGUUCCUCUUGUGUGGCUCGCUGCGUACGUCGUGGCUUUUGGAAUCUUGACGGUGGGGGGCCGGCUCUUUUGGCGAAUAAAUCUCGUGUUUGCAGUUGCCCUGAUGCUCCAACUAGUCAUAUAUGUGGUCGGCUCUGCCACGUAUGUUGACAUUGCCCAGCAAGGAGGAGGGGCACAGCACUACGUCGUGGGCGGGUUGUACGAAUGGUGCGCCUCCUUUCCCAUGGCUAUGUGGUUCUACGUUGGCAUCGAGGCGCUAAAUACGUUAUGCAACGAAGUGGACAACCCUAGAGCUACCAUUCCUCGCGGUCAGUUGACUGCGAUAGCGACCGUCUGCACCUCGGCCAUUGCCGUUUACUUCGUCGCAAUCAGCUUACCCCCCGGAGUGGCAUCGCUGUCAUCCGUUCUGAACGUCCUAAACGGGGGGUUCACUCAAAUCCUGGGCAUUUCCGACCAAGAUGCCUCCCUGUUGAAUAUCCCCGCGCUCUUUGCCACCAUGCCAGGGCUGUUGCUAGCCACGGGCAACAUCAUCACCGCCUUGGCCGAAUCCAAACUCGUUCCCUAUCGCCUGCACCGCCGCCACGAGACCUUUGGGACCCCCGCCCGCGCCAUGGCGGCGGCCACAACACUCAGCUUUGCCUUGUGUUUCUGUGCUAUGUACCAGCAAAACGCCGACACGACCAUGUACUAUGUGAGCAUGUUCUUCGGCUGCAUGACGUACAUCUCGCAGUGCAUUGGGUACAUUUUCCUCAGUCGGCGGUACCACAAGAUGCCGCGGUCGUUUCGAAGCCCGUUUGGAGUUGCUGGGGCGAUGUACGCGAUGAUUGUGUUCUCUAUCAGCGCGCUCUCGAUUCUAGCGUGCCAGAACCACAGCUACAGCUCCACGGUGGCGAUCGCCGGGAUAUUAACGGCGCUUUCCGUGUAUUAUCACGGGUAUGCCAAGUCAAGGCAGUCCAUUUCAGAAGACGAGCGCAAACUGCUCUUCUUUGCACAUGUUGCAAACCACAACAACGCCAAGAAGAAGCAGCAUCAAAAAGCAAAUCGACGAAAGAAAGGUCUGUUCCGAAUCCUUGCGUUCCUGGGGCGUCGGCGGUCGUCGGUAAUCGAGACUUCCAUGACCAAGAAAGCCUGCAAGUCGACAUCUGUGGCACCGACUCAAAUGGACGUGGCCACGUCGUGCUCUGAUCCCACCGAUGAUCUGAUUCCCUCGUCCUCGAAUUAGUCCGACCGGCCAACUGGUGCUGCGUACACUCUCGACAUCGCCUAUUUCGUUCGUAACUCCCCCACUCUCCAAACGUACCAUAGUUUACUUAUUGCUCAUAAAUACAUGUGAUUUUCUC